UGGCCCCGGGGGACCGCAGGCUGGCGCCGGGAUGCGGGCGUGAGGCCCCCGGCGGCCCCGGGCGCCCCCCCGGCCGGGCGCUGGCAGCCCCGCCGCCCGGGGCCAUGGCCAAGCCGUCCUUCCGGCUCCAGAAGCUGCUUCGCCGCAUGCAGUUCCUGAUCCUCUUCCUCACGGCCGCCUACCUGAUGGCGGGCAGCGUGCUGCUGCUGCAGCGAGCCCGCGGGGCCCUGCCGCCCGCGCCCCGCGCCCCCGGCCCCCUGCAGGCGCUGCCCGUGGCCGCCGUGGCGCUGGGCGUGGGCCUGCUGGACAGCCGGGCGCUGCAGGGGCCCCGCGUCGGCCCCGACCUGCUGCUCGGCGUGGACGUGCUGCGGAGACCCCCCGCCCGGGCCCGGCCCCACUCCCGCUGGCUCCGGCCCCGCGGCAACGAGCCGCACCCGCCGCGGCGAGGCUGGUUCCACCACCUCAUGGGCGACCCCCAGGGCCCGCCCGCCCCGCGCCCACAGGCCCCCGGGCCGGCCGCCGGCAGCCCAGGCACAUACGUCGGGUGCUUCAGUGACAGUGGCCGGGACAGAACCCUGAAGGGGGCCGUGUUUUUCGACUUGAGGAAGAUGACCGUCUCCCGCUGCCAGGACGCGUGCGCUGAGCGGUCAUACGUCUACGCGGGCUUGGAGGCGGGGGCGGAGUGCUACUGCGGGAACCGGCUCCCCGUGACCAGCGUCGGGCCGGAGGCCUGUAACCACGAGUGCAAAGGGGAGAAGGGCUCGGCGUGCGGGGGCGUCGGCCGGCUGUCGGUGUACCGCGUGCAAGAGCUGCAGCCCAGCUCCAGGAAGCGGAGGACCGUCGCGUACCGCGGGUGCUUCCGACUGCCGGAGAACGGCACCCACAGCUUCCCCGACUCCCUGGCGCAGCCCAACGCCACCGUGGAGGCCUGCUCGGGCUUCUGUUCCCAGAAGGAGUUCCCGCUGGCCGUCCUGCGGGGCUGGGACUGCUACUGCGCCUACCCCACGCCCCAGUUCAGCCUGCGGGACGCCGCGGACGGCUCGCUGUGCGGCCGGGGGCCCGAGGCCCGGAGGCUGGCCGAGUACUGCGAGGUCUACCAGACGCCCGUGCAGGACACCCGCUGCACGGACCGCAGGUUCCUGCCGGCCAAGUCCAAGGUGUUCGUGGCUUUGUCCAGCUUCCCCGGGGCCGGGAACACGUGGGCGCGGCACCUCAUCGAGCACGCCACCGGCUUCUACACCGGCAGCUACUACUUUGACGGGACGCUGUACAACAAAGGGUUCAAGGGCGAGAAGGACCACUGGCGGAGCCGGCGCACCAUCUGCGUGAAGACCCACGAGAGCGGCCGCAGGGAAAUCGAGAUGUUCGACUCGGCCAUCCUGCUGAUCCGGAACCCGUACAGGUCCCUGGUGGCCGAGUUCAACCGCAAGUGCGCCGGCCACCUGGGCUACGCGGCCGACCGCAACUGGAAGAGCAAAGAGUGGCCGGACUUCGUCAACAGCUACGCGGCCUGGUGGUCGUCGCACGCGCUGGACUGGCUGCGCUUCGGGAAGCGGCUGCUGGUGGUGCACUACGAGGAGCUGCGCCGCAGCCUGGUGCCCACGCUGCGCGCCAUGGUGGCCUUCCUCAACGUGUCCGUGAGCGAGGAGCGCCUGCUCUGCGUGGAGAACAACAAAGAGGGCAGCUUCCGGCGGCGCGGCCGGCGCCCCCACGACCCCGAGCCCUUCACCCCCGAGAUGAGGGCUCUCAUCGACGGCUACAUCCGGACAGUGGACCGGGCGCUGCGCGAGCGCGGCGGGGCGGGGCUGCCGGGCGAGUACGUGCCCAGAUGACGGCCCGGCGACCUCGCCGGGGGACCCUGAACCCCCGAGGCCGCGGGGUGCGCACCCGCCACGGGGUGCCCGGUUAGCGCACACGCAGGCUUGCCGGCGCCCGGCUUUCCCGCUUCCGGCCCCGCCGCAGACUCGUGCCCGGACGCCAGGCGGGCAGCGGGCACCCUGCGGGGGUGUGAGCUCGCAGGCGCCGCGGGGCUUUGUGACCCUGACUGCACGUCUGAUGCCCGGUGACCACGUGUGGGGAGACGGCCAGGCGCCGCCGUCCACGGCUGCCUCUCCCCUCCCCGCGGACCGGCUGGGGGCGGGACAGAG